CAGGGACAGAAAUCAUAAAACAUAACCUAGUAAUAUCUUUUUAAAUUUAUUUUGUCAGAUUCUUGAUUCUUUCAUUUAAAUAUCAAAAACAAUAAUAUGCAAAGUUUGAGAAAACUGCAUAGACUGGAAAAAGUCUUAAUGCACGUAAAAAAUAUUCGUCUAAGAUGUGAAAGCGGAGGACUUUAUGAACCAAGUUAUUUACAGGCAAUGAAAUCAAAAAUCCCUUUAUAUGAAGCAGUAAAUAUUCAGUUACGAGGUUAUGAUUACCCUGUGUUAGAGCAUUACCAAAAAUUUGUUCAUAAUAUGUUGAAAAAUAUGGAUGUUGAAGUUGAAGAUAGUUGGGCAGUUCCUGCCCAAAAUAUGGAUGUCACUACUCUCAAACCAAAGAGUGAGAUUGUGCAUGCUAAAUAUAAUCUUAAAACAUAUGAGAGAGUUAUUCAAAUAGCAGAUGUAUCAUCAAUUCAGCUUCCAAUCGUCAUUAGAGCUAUAGAAGCAAGUUUACCUGCAGGUGUAACAGCCCAUUUUAGACAGCAUGAAGAAGCUGAUGAAGAAGUUAGGUAUAUUCCUGAUGCAGAACUGAACACACUGAAACAAGAAUUAGAAGACCUGGGAGGUCCUUCUAAAAGUAGAAAAUAGUCUUUUAUAAUUUAUUUUAACCGUAAUGGUUUUGUAAAUAUUAAUUUGUUAGUUAGCGAAUAUUUUUAAUAAAACGUUGUAUUUAAUAA